UGAUGGAACCAAUUCUUUUAGUUUUUAACUAGGUCACAAUUUGCAAUGAUUUGCGGGGGCGAAUUUUUGUAUAGCAUAUAAUAAAAAUGAUUAUAUACUCUGGACGAACUAGCUCAAUAGUCAAGCUUUGCUGUGUCCUUAUCGUCGUAAAUAAUAAUUCCAAUAUAACUUGAUUGAUUGGGAGUUAUUUAGUACAAGCUAACAAUCCCCAUUCAAAUACAACAGGCAGAUAUCUGCACAAUGCAACGAAGAAUGGCACUUCUAGUGACUUAUGGCAAUACCUACAAUCUAAGUAAGAUUUGACAACAUAAUAAUAUGGGAAAUGCAAAUUUUUUCAAGAUUGGGUGCUAAUGGGUCACUUUUGUGGGGAACGAGUGGGUUCGCAGAAAGUGAAGAUGAUCGUUGAUUACAAACUCUUGACCGCACCAUUCAUUUAAGCGAGGCAUGAGCCAAGUUGAUUUUCCCUUUCAUCUCAUCUUCAUUUUUGACUCAUCUUCACAAAAAGAUGACUUUAUUUUCGAUAUCCGCUCCACGUUUCCCAUCGUAUCAGUAGGAAUCUUCUUUUUUCUGCAAGAGACAAAAACCAAAUGCGAGUUGGACAUUGGCUCAGUUAUCCUUUUUUGCAGGGAUAAAACUCUUGUGGAUUGCUUCCUUUGCACAGAAAUAUUUAUUUAAUUUUUUAUUUAAUGUGUAAGGUGAUGAGUCCCAUUGCCUAGUGUGAUUAUAUAUAUAUAACGUGAGCUAACGUUAAAAACAAGAGGAGAGUUGAGAUUUCCUUUUAGGAGGCAAAAUGAGACAUAUUAAGGUGAUAUUGAGGUUGCUUUGAUGUCUUGUACUUAUUUUCCGAUAGAAAAAAUUUGGGAAUAUUUUUUUCAGAGAUUGGCCAUUGUCGCUUUAUGGAUGGGUUUCAUGACGAUUGGUGUCAGCGAAGUGCGUGCAAAUUAUAACCGCAAUAAUGCCGUUGCUGGAGCUGACGAAGAUGAGAUUAUGGAAACGAGCGGACAGGAUAUCCUCAAAGAUGGUCAAUUUGCAAAUGUUCUCUCGGGGCUACUCCAUCAGCAACCAGAGGAGCCAGUCUACAAUGUGCAGCGAUUAGGCGAUCCUGAUCGAAUUCUUUGUCUGUUUAAAGAUUCAAAAUCGAAAAGAAAGAAACCAGAGAGUCAAACUACCCAGGAAGGAAAUCACCAACAUGGUAACGAAAAUCAAAGUCAAAAUUCUGCCGAACCAAAUCCCCCAAAUUUUGCGAGCCAUCAAGUACAAAAUCAAAAUCAGAAUCAAGGGUAUGGACCACCACAACAACAAAAUCAAGCCUAUGGACCACCUCAGGAACAAAAUCAAGUCUAUGGACCACCCCCACAGCAAACGCCAGCUUAUGGACUACCUCAGCAACAAAAUCAAGCCUAUGGACCACCCCCACAGCAAAAUCAAGCAUAUGGACCACCCCAGGAAAAAAAUCAAGGGUAUGGACCACCUCCACAACAAAAUCAAGCCUAUGGACCACCCCCACAGCAAAAUCAAGCAUAUGGACCACCCCAGGAAAAAAAUCAAGGGUAUGGACCACCUCCACAACAAAAUCAAGCAUAUGGACCACCCCCACAACAAAAUCAAGCAUAUGGAUCACCCCCACAACAAAAUCAAGCAUAUGGACCACCUUCACGUCCACCAAAAUCAUAUAGUUUCAGCAUUUCCUUUGGGGAUAGGUUGCGACCACGAAAAAAGCAACGACACCAGCAACAAUUUCAUGGACCCCCACCACCAAUGGCAGUCGGACCUGUGCCCCCACAGCAGCCCGUAUAUUUCCAGCCUCAACAAAACUUCAACGUACAACCUCAACAAAAUUUUAAUUCACAACCUCAACUACUGACGAAUUCUGUCCAAACAAAUUUCCAGCCUUCUCCACCCCAAACUAACUUCCAACCUCACCAACAAACUGAUCACUUUGCGAGUAACAUUAUGUCGCAACCAGACUCUAACCCCAACACGCAAUACGGAGUGCAACCUUCUCCUCCACAACAAUACUACAACAGCCCCCUCGACCAAGUAAACUACCCACUUGCUCGACCAGACCAACAGAUCAACACCGGCUACAACUACGAUAAUCAACAAGAACAAAAGGAUCUCAACUUUGUCUACGUGUACGGCCCCCCAGAAAAUAGCUUUGGUGACGAGGCUUCACGUCCACUUCCGCCCGUCAGAGUGCCACAUUCGAAGCCCGAAACGCGUUACCAAGUGGUCGUGAUCAAAGCCCCAAAUCCCCCACCUCAUCCCCAAGUGGAGAUUCAGCUUCCAACUCCACCGGAGCAAAAGACCCUCGUCUACGUUCUUGUCAAAAAACCUCAGUCAGCCCCAGAAAUAAAAUUCACAAAACCCCCAACGACAACUCCAGCUCCCCCAGAAGUAUUUUUCAUCAAAUACAAAAAUAAUCAUCAAGGUUUGCCUUCAACUUCAGACAUAAAUUCAGACUCUUACAACGCCAUUGCUCAGAAUGAGAACGACUUUGCAAGUGAACAGAUCGCUGAAAAGUAUGUGAAUAAUGAAAAUGAAGGUGGUUAUCGAGAAAAGUUUAGACCAUCCUUCAUGCUGCCCUCGACAUCAUCUGCAUUUGCGAUGGAAAUGGGGUCCAACAGACCUCCACUCUUCUCCACUUCGUCGUCAUCGUCGUCAUCCUCCCACUACACAGCUCCUGGUUCAGUACCUUGGAAUCGAAAAUAAAUGCUAGAACUAUUGGCAUGGAGGACUUCGUGGGACCCACCAGUAUUUAUUUCCAUGUACAUACACAAGAGCAAAACGACCUUAUCAUUCAAGUUUACCAAUAUAUUUCAUUUACAAUGCGAGAGUUUUUUUGUAAGCUUCAAAAGUCAGUAAAUUAUUAUUUUUGACAAA